AUGUUCUUUGACAUUGUUAAAAGAAAGCUUUCACACCAUACCUCAUUCUUUAACCUUCCAUUAUGGGCUUUGAUACUUGUUAUCAUUGCAAUAUUCUUUGUUGCUCUCAGUGGUAUCAUUGUAUGUCUAUAUUUCAUUUGUUAUCUUCGAAGAAGAAAGUCUUACAAAGCCAAAUUUUGUAUGUCAAAUCCUAUAGCUUCCAAGAAUCAUCCUUACCAUAGUUCCAGCCUAUCGUCCCUUGAUAGGAGGCUACUCUCACGUAACAUGUACGAGAUUGAGAUGAACAAUAGUAACAGUAGGAGCGGUAAGGGACACCCAGUGUUGUUGUCUGAUCCUUGGUCUAGUCAGAAACGUUGGACAGGGUCAAUUAAAAAAUGUGAUGUCACUGAUUUGGAAGAGGUUGCUAGGUACUUGCCAAUGGCUGAGGAUGUUUGGAGGGGUUGCAGGUUUAGUUUAAAGGAGAUUGAGAUGGCCACCAAUGGAUUGGCAAAAGAGAAUGUGAUUGGAACGGGGGAUAAUGGGAUUGUUUAUCGAGGUAUUUUGUUGGAUAAUACGCGAGUCGCAGUGAAGAAACUAGUGAGUAGCAGUUGCGAAGCUGAGGACUUCAUAGCAGAAGUGGAGGCCUUUGGGCAAGUUAGGCACAAGAAUCUUGUCAAGUUGCUUGGACACUGUAUUGAAGGAACUAUCAGGAUGCUUGUAUAUGAGUAUGUAGAUAAUGGUAAUCUGUACCAGUGGCUUCAUGAAAAUUCAGAAGAAGUCAGUCCUCUACCAUGGAAUAUAAGGAUGAAAAUUAUCCAAGGAAUUGCAAAAGGAUUGGCCUACCUUCAUGAGGACCUAGAACCAAAAGUCAUUCAUCGAUUCCUAAAAUCAAGCAAUAUACUCCUUGAUCACCAAUGGAAUCCAAAAAUAACUGAUUUUGGCCUUGCUAAGCUUUUUGGUCCUGAAUGGGGUCACAUAAUUAUGGAAUCAUUAGGUUAUGUAGCUCCAGAAUGUGAUUCAACUGACGAAUUCCCAGAGAAGACUGAUGUUUAUAGUUUUGGGAUACUUGUUAUGGAGAUCAUCUCUGGGUGGACCCCUUUAGAUUGCCAUCAACGUGAACCACAUUUGAUUGAGUGGUUAAAGUCCAUGGUUGUGAAUCAGAAAAUUGAUAAUGUGGUGGAUCCUAAAUUGUCAGAAAUACCUUGCUCAAAGGAACUCAAACGAAUUGUUUUGGUAGCUCUUCGAUGUGUGGAUCCUGAUAUAAAAGAUAGGCCUAAUAUGGGAGAUGUGAUUCACAUGCUUGAGCCAUGUGACAUGAUACUCAAUAAUCGUUCCGGGAAUAGGAGAGAAACUUCUCAUGGUAAUUACCUAGAAGAGAGGGUUGUUGCCAUAUCAGAUGAUGAUCCUGACAGAACAGAUCAUGGUGAAAGCGGCAGUGAAUCACUACCAGUAAAUGAUGUUGAAAAAGACACUACUGAUCAUGAAGGUCUCUGA